AUGUUUUUCUACACGUACGGUACUAUUAUAGAGAUAGUAUUGUUAGGGUAGAUAUAGGGAUUUAUGUAUAUCGCUUAUGAUUUGGUAUAUAUUUGGCAUUAUCAUGUAACAUACACUAUAUAUAUUGAGAUAAUACAAUACCUCCAACUCACGGAGAUUCAUCAACUUACAUGGUAAUAGAGCUUUGUUAAAAACUUGAUCCUUGUUUCUCCGUCUAGCUCUUUUGCUUUUGUCUCUCUUUCUCCUUUCAGUUCUUCUUUUUCGUAUUUCUCUUUAUUUUCUCAACCAUGUCGGGACCGUUAGCUACCGCGACCGCUCCCAAAAAUGACAAGCCUUAUGGCAUCGCCCAGAUCCGGGCUUACGUACUGAUUCAGCUUGAUCUCAAGAAACUGAACUAUGAUGUUUGGCGUGAGAUCUUUGAGACUCACUGCAGCAGUUUCGGUGUUUUCGGACACCUUAACGGAUCCUCUGCCCGUCCCCCGACGAUGAGAAGUAGUGGAAAGAACGAGACGAUCUCGUGAAGAUGUGGAUCUACGGCACCGUGUCAGAGCAGCUUCUCCACACCAUUCUCAAAGCCAAGUCCACCGCUCGUGAUCUCUGGCUCACUCUUGAAACCUUGUUUCGUGGCAACAAAGAAGUUCAAUCAAUUCAGUAUGAUAAUGAGCUUCGUACUCUUGUGAUUGGUGACAUGUCUGUCACUGAUUAUACACACAAGUUGAAGACGCUGGUUGAUCUGCUCGCCAACGUUGAUGCACCGGUAUAUGAUCGUGCUUUGGUCAUGCAUAUGUUGAACGGUUUGUCUGCAAAGUUCGAUAGCAUCAUUAAUGUGAUCCAACAUCACACUCCGUUUCCAACUUUCAUCAAGGCCCGCUCGAUGCUUAUCAUGGAGGAGAAGAGACUCACCAAGCAGACCCCUACGACACAUGCACACAACACUGACUCAUCGUCUCAGAGUGUCUUGUACACACAUUCAGAUCAACAUCAACAGCGUCCAGAACACCAGAACAAUAACAACAACUCUGGCCGCAACGCUUACAACAAAUCUCGUGGUCGUGGAGGCCGUGGUAACAGAGGUCGUGGUCGCUACAACACCAACAAUUGUCACAACAAUUCGUAUGCGGCAUCACCAUGGUCUUAUCCUCAGGCUCCAUGGAUGUACCCUACCUCGUUCAACACGCCACCUGGGUUUCCAACGUCGUACUACACACCUCCGAUGCAUCCCUCCUCUGCUCCAUCUGUUUCUUUUCCACAACGCCAGCAAGGAGAGGCUCACUAUACUCACGGCGUACAACAAUUUCCCACCAUGAGUGUUGCACAACUUUUUGCAUACACGGCUCUCCCUCAAGCAUUUAGCACUAUGAACCUUCAGGAUCCGACUACCAAUCCAUGGGUGAUGGAUACGGGUGCAACGAAUCAUGUUACAGCUGAGCCAGGAUUUGCAGACUCGGACAAGGCUGCUCCAGUGUAACAGUGCAGGUCUUCUCUACACCAUCACGCCGUCUGUCGCAUCACCCUCCGCCUUCUCGUUGACCGCUUCCUCCUUUACUCUGUGGCACCGGCGUCUUGGUCACCCCGCUAUCAACACAUUGCAGUUUUUAAAUUCUUCUGGUUUCAUUUCUUUUAAACGGACUGACAUGACAAAUUUGUGUCAUGCAUGUCAGCUUGGAAAACAUAUUCGCAUGCCCUUUUCUUCUUCAACUACGGUUGUUUCAAGACCUUUUGAUUUAAUACAUUC